GCUGCGCAAAGGACUGAAUUUGAUACCAGAUGGGAGAGUUGGUUUGCAGAAGUCUGGAAGCCACCGUGAUACAGCUUCUGUUGAUGCUUUUCUCAGCGUUCUUUAUGAGGGCUUGGCAGAGACAUUACCGGACAGGUUCGUCCGACGUGGCAGAGCUGCCAAGGGUGAGGACCCUGAGUUUGAUGUGGAAAACGACUCGAAUGAAGUCACGGAUGAAAUCCGUGAAUGGCUGGACCGUCCAGGCAAAGGAGUACUUUGGGACACCAUGUCAACCGGGGAGAAGAAAAUCACAAAGUAUUUGGCUCCAGGAACUGUCAUGGAUUUGUAUACUCACUAUCAGGCCACCAGGCAACUCUUUGGCUCUGUAGCAGUUUCGUACUCCACAUUUCUUCGAGUCUUUCAAAGCCGGUGGAGUGACAUUCUGAAAUUCCGGCAACGAACUCUGUUUACGGAAUGUGAACUGUGCUUCCAGUUCAAGGAGGGCAUUGCAAAAGCAAGAAGUAUGGAGAUCAAGCUUGGAGAACUUGUGAAAUAUCGGAGUCACCUUGCCUCCCAGUACUCUGACCGGGCAAUCACGUGGGCGCUUCAAGAGCUUGGUUCAGACCCACUUGGGGACCUCUUGGUGGUUCAGGUGGACGGAAUGGAUCAAGGGAAAUUCCGUCUUCCGAGGGACCCGAAGCUGAAAUCUACUGCCAGCCUGGCUAAGUUCGUGCGACCAAGACUCAAAGUCCACGGAGUGUGGCUCUUUGGCUAUUCCUUGGAACUAUUCGUGAUGGAUGAGCCUACGCGUCAUGACGCGUCUUGCAUCACCGAAUGCAUUGCUCGUGGCAUUGAACGUGUUUCAGAGAUCUGUCACCGUUUGGGACGACGGGUGCCUUCUAAGUUGGUGAUUCUCGGUGAUAACACCGUGCGAGAACUCAAGAAUCAAAUCAAUUUGGGCUAUGCUUCACGCCUAUGUGCUUUGCGGAAGAUGAGGAUCUGUAUGAUAAUGUUUCUUCGCAAAAGCCAUACCCACGAUCGCAUUGACCAAGUUUGGGGCAUUCUUGCGCGCCGAAAAGCAAAUACUGAUUGUUUGCUUGAUCCUACGGAUACCAUGCACUGCAUACAGUCCGAGCUUCAAAGACCCGGUUUGCGGUCCUUCCUGGGCAGUUCUUGCGAGAUUCAUGUGCAGAAGUUGGACAGCGUGAGGGACUGGAAGUCUCAGUGGGAGCGGCAUGGGAUCUCUUUGAGUGGCGGGCUUUUGGAUGACGCAUCUGCCAACCACUCCUUCAUGAUGUUUCAACGGAAAGGCUCAAAGUUUCACACAAUGCUAAACAGUGGACCAUAUGUAAAAAACGGUGGACCAUAUGUAAAAAAACAAAACAAAUAUUAUUCUUAUCGUGGCUUCCCAGCCAAGUCGUCUGAGGCUUCCCAGCCCUUUAGUUUCCCGAACACUGCUCACUGCUUGCCCCCUGAGACCUGCCUGAAGCAUUGGCCAACAAUGUGA